AUGGUGCCCACGGCAAGCAGCGAAGUUGCCGUGAGGUCGGCCCAGAACUCGGCGGGCAUCCAGACCCUUCUUGACGCCGAAAGGGAAGCUUCAAAGAUCGUCCAGAAAGCUCGAGAAUACCGGACGAAGAAGGUCAGAGAGGCUCGAGAUGAGGCUAAGAAGGAGAUAGAGGCGUACAAGUCACAGAAGGAAGAUGAAUUCAAGAAGUUCGAGUCCGAGCACACUGCAGGAAAUAAGGAAGCCGAGGAGGAGGCAAACAAGGAGGCAGACGCCAAGAUCAAGGAGAUCCAGACCGCAGGAAAGAAGAACCAAGACAAGGUUAUCAAGGAUCUGUUGAGCGCCGUUUUCGAUGUCAAGCCUGUUCCUCCCGCAGAGGCAUAA